UGCUUAAAAAGAUGACUGAACAUAGCAAAAAAACAAAAACAAAUAGGUCAUUUUGCUAAUCAUUGAUUAAAAAAGUCGAAAUAACGCAAAUAAACGCUUUUACAACAUUGUUUUAAUUAUCCACUAUCUCGAUACGCAAAAAGAAAGUACCAGCACAGCACAAACAGAAACUGAAAUCAGCUGAGAAAGAGCAGAUAUUACUGCGAAGAACACCGCGCGGAAUCAAUAUCAUUUGUUGUAUAUUGAAACAGUGCAAUGAGUAGAAGCCCAAAUUGGGGCGAACUCCCAGCCCUUAUACUCACCAAUUUGUAUCAGUAUUUAAACAGUCACGAUCGUCUUCAAUCUUCGUCAGUAUGCUGGCAUUGGCGAUCCGCCAUCUUCCAGCCAAGGUUCUUUAAAGAUAUACAUUUUGAUGUUGCACGGGAAAACAACAAGAAAAACAAUUUUCUUCUGCAGUCACUAGCUCACAUCGUCAGUGAAGCGAAAAUUUCUUUCGAUUCGUGUAAUCUUUACGAUGUUGAGCUGACGACGGAAAUCCUUUACAAGCUAAGUAAGAGCUCGUGUCUAGUAAGUUUGUCAUUACGCCCAAAGUAUGCAACUCUGGUCACUCCAGGGCCUUUCUAUUCCGAAGAAGAGUGGAAUUAUAUUUAUAAGUUAUUUGUAGAGCCCAUCAAGACUUUACUAAAUCGCCAAAAUCCACCGCUCAAGGGUUUAGACUUAGGAUGUUCAGAAAUAUUAUCCCUGCAUGGCACCGAUUUUUUGAAUAGUUGCCUUCGACCUCAGUUUCUAAAACAUUUGAGCUUCGCUUCGGUUAAACAGGACCCCAGUCACUAUGCACUGAGCAUGAUCGAACCGAACCUGUUUGAAAAAUGUAAUGCAUUGCAACAUCUAUCGCUGGAUUACGACAUCAUGUGCGAUGACUUUUUGCAAACACUACAGCUUUUACCGCUCCGGCAGUUAGUCAUACACGUACACGGUGUCGACGAGGACCAUCCCGGAGUAUCGGAAGCGGCCUGGAGCAAUUUCCGAGCUAGCAAUCCACAGGCAGAACUGCACUUGACGCUGGUGUGCGCCUACGAAGCAGUUGACAUUUUGCACAGCCACAUCCUGCGUCCUUCGAUGCCAUUGUCUCACCUGAAGGUUUUGUUUUGCGACAGGAUCAACUGUGAUGCAUUGGAAUAUCUCUCUCGCUAUUACAAAGAAUCGUUAAAGAGCAUGAUUUGGGUGGAUUCGAUGCGUAUCCAAGAGUAUCGUAACAUCAUGGAACUGGUGCUACGGACCGAGCAAGACCCACUUGUUAUGAUGGCCUGGCGAUGCAAGAAGUUGGAGGAAAUCGUUAUCCACGGUUAUGUGUUGGAUCCGCAUAAUCUGGUUGGAAUAUCGCGUUUGCGGGGUAAAGAUCUGAAGAUACUUGAAGUUUCCCGUAUCGAUUUGUCAAUGCCAUCAGUCAUGAUGACACCGUUCAUAGAGGAAAUCAGUACCCAACUGGGACAAAAGUGGGCCCCGUUAGAUCCAAAAACGUUGCCAGCUGCGCUUGGAUUCUAUCCCGUUUCAGACGAGGUACGUGAUCAAUACAUCCUCCGUUACAUCCGCAACGGUUUCACACCAUGAACGUGUAAGUACCUAUGCUAAGCUAUUUGAUUACAAACAGCUCGGGUCAUAGCUUGAAGGGAAAAAAAAGGAUUACUUGCCGAGAAAUAGUACACACAAACACUUGAGAGCAAACGAAAGAUCAGUUUCUGGUGUAUUUUAUGAGUGCUUUGAAAUACGAGUAAACCAAGUCAUCAAAAAAGGCAAGCGAAACGCAUCGAACAUAUGAUCAAAUAUGGAAAUGUACUCAACCAUGAAUUGUCCUGUAGCUGGAAGAGUCUAGUUUGAAGAAAAAAAAACGGUAUACUUACAACAGGAUCUAGUGCAAUUUAUUAGGAAAACAAGUCCGCAAACGCGAUUAGUGAGAAUGAGUCUAUAUAUAGUCGAAAAACUACGCCACCAGCUAACCCUAUUCUAGAUGAAUUUAUUUAGAGCAAAAAGAGACUUGUUAGCGAAAUAUGGAACGUGUUAAGAAUACAACAGUACGACCCCUGGAAACCACAAAAAAAACAGUGCCACAAACAAGGGAUGAUAUCGAUAGGCAUGCCAAUACACAACAAGAAGAAAACCAUUCGAAUGCGUGAACACCACACUCUAGCCCCUAGAACCGAUAAGAUAAGAAAAACAUCAACGGAACUGUGAUUUAUUUUCCUUCGUUUAUAUUAUUUAUGUGUUAUAUUCCGAAUUUUUUGAAUUUCUGCCUAUUUAUACAUAUACAAACAAACAAACAAACACACAAGAAAUAAGACCCACAAUUACACUUCCUUUGCCUUCAUCAUAUUUAUUGGAUAGUUUAUAUUAAAUGUGAUAAGUUGUGAUUGUUACAAUUUGGUUCAGAUGCGACUCAUGCUUGUUUGGAAAACCUGUAGACUUUCCAUCCUAGGAUUACAGGAAUCGACGGCCACACAAUAGGAACUUUAACUUCUCAAGAACAUAUUUGCAUUGUUUUCGCUUAUGUGUAUUUUUAUUCUAAACAAUAUAUUCAUAAUUAUCUUCUUUUAUCUACUUUGCCUUUGUAAUCAUAGUCGGUUCAUAUUGAUAUUACUAGUAUCGUGAUUGUUUUUGAAAAAUUGUUUUAUACACGGAGAUUCAAUUCAAACUGAAUCCCUUUCUAAACUCCCUUAAAGUGAUCAUCUGAACCUUUAUAUAAUAUACAAUAUAAAUUCAGUUUCCUAGUUGUAUUGUAGAACGAACGAUAUCAAGCACCCGCCAAUAAUUGCAUCUGAAUCAUUUUCAAUUUAUUCGUUUUCGCAGUGGUAAGCAGAAAUGUUAGUACCGGUGUUUGUUUUGGCGUUUAAAAUUGACAAUCUAAUGUCAGUUGAGGUCACAGUUGUUAGAAGAACAUUGCGUAAAUCUGAGAAUCACCCAACACGUUCUGUGAAACAUAAACUUUAUCUCUAACCUAGUAGCGGCCCUUACACGAUCAUUAAAAGUAGUGACACUUUUAAUGCUCGUGUAAGGUCUGCGAGUUCAGUAAUGACACGAGUAAUGAUGGAAUUCCGGAUUUUCCAUCAUUAGCGGCCCUUACACGAUCAUUAAAAGUGUCAUUACUAAGUAAUGACACUUUUGCUCAAACGCUCGUCUUUACUGCAUUACUGUACAUCAUUACUUUUUAGCAUUACACGUUCAUUAUUAAUGAUGAGUAUUUGUAACUACUCCAGCAAUAGCAAUAUUUUUAUUUUCGUUUAGCUGAAAAUAAAUUUGAUUUGCCAUUGAAACGUUAAGGUUAAUGAAAUAUUAACCAUUUAAAUCUACACUUUGUCAUUUUUUUGCGUAUAGUUCUAAAGAUAUUCAGCACUUCCACAAAAAAAAAUAAGAAGAAGAAAUAAUGUUGGUAAUGAUGGAAAAUCCGGAAUUCCAUCAUUACUCGUGUCAUUACUGAACUCGUAGACCUUACACGAUCAUUA